CGCUGAUUAAAAUGUAAAAUGUAGAUAUUUCACCUUCACUUUAUGCACUUUUUCUCCGGGGGGGGUGGGGGGGUUCCUUCAGGAUGUAUGGAGCACUUUGAGCAUCUUCCGUGACGCCGCUGUUCGCGUGGAACAAGUGCAUCCGUGCAAUGGGACAACUAUUGCGGAUUAUUGUGGAUGCUUUAGGAGUCCUUUGAAGGCCACUUGGCGGCUUUUUGCUUUUUUUUUUUUUUUUUAAAAUGCAUUUCUCACGGCCUUGAUUCGUUGGAUUCAUGCAAAAAAUUGUCCAUGUAGCGCAAAAAAGGGCAGAAAGAGGCGCAGAGUGUUUGCGGGUCACCAGGCUUACAUAAGCACCGAGCGUCAUGUAUGCGGGACGCAAGAGGAGAAAACCCGUCCAGAGAGCGGUGAAACAGCCGCCGGCCGAGGGGGCCAAGUCCAACCCGUCCAAGCGGCACCGGGACCGUCUCAACGGGGAGCUGGAGCGCUUGGCCGGCCUCCUGCCGUUCCCCGAGGAGGUCACGGCCAGCCUGGACAAACUCUCCAUCCUCCGCCUGAGCGUCAGCUACCUGCGAGCCAAGAACUUCUUCUCCGUGGCGCUGAACAACCGAGUAACUCCAGCCGGCUUGAAUAACGACGAUGACAAAGCGUCGGGAGUGGCGGAGGCCAAGAUUCCCGAAGGAGAGCUUUUGCUGCAGGCUCUCAACGGGUUCGUCCUGGUCAUCACCGCCAGCGGAACCAUCUUCUACUCCUCCCACACCAUCCAGGACUACUUGGGCUUCCACCAGACGGACGUCAUGCACCAGAGCGUGUACGAGCUGGUCCACACGGAAGACCAGCAGGAGCUCAGAAGAAACUUGCACUGGGCGCUGAAUCCGCCUCCUGCGGCGUCGUCCGCCAUCAGCCAGGACUCACCUCAAGAGAUGGAACCCGACAGCAGCUCGUCCUUGGUCACCUACAACCCCGAACAGCUCCCUCCAGAGAACUCGUCCUUCCUGGAGAGAAGCUUCGUGUGCCGCUUCCGCUGCCUCCUGGAUAACUCGUCUGGCUUCCUGGCUCUGAACUUCCAAGGCAGGCUAAAGUUUCUACACGGACAGAACCAGCGUCAGGAAAACGGAGGAAAGGCGCCGCCGCAGCUCGCCCUGUUUGCCAUCGCCACUCCUCUGCAGCCUCCAUCCAUCCUGGAGAUCAGGACCAAGAACAUGAUCUUCCGAACCAAGCACAAGUUGGACUUCACGCCGUUGGCCUGUGAUGCAAAGGGGAAAAUCGUCCUGGGCUACACUGAGGCAGAACUCCGGGUACGAGGAUCCGGGUACCAGUUCAUCCACGCCGCAGAUAUGCUGUACUGUGCAGAGAACCAUGUCAGAAUGAUGAAGACUGGCGAGAGUGGACUGACCGUCUUCAGGCUGCUCACCAAGGAGAACCGCUGGAAGUGGGUGCAGGCCAACGCUCGGCUGGUCUACAAAAACGGCAAACCGGACUACAUCAUCGCCACCCAGAGGCCACUUUUGGAUGAAGAAGGAGGAGAACAUUUGCGUAAACGCUCCAUGCAUCUACCGUUCACGUACGCGACAGGCGAGGCUUUGCUCUACCAGUCCAACCAUCCCAUCGCGGGCUUCAGAGACGGCGUUUCUGAGAAGAACAGCAGCAAGUCCAAGAAAAGCCGGACCGACCGGCUGCUCAGGGAUGGCCUGGAUCCAGGCUCGCUUCUCGGGGCCCUCAUGAGCCAGGAUGAGUCGGUGUACGUCUGCCAGGCCGCGCUGGAGCCCAAAAUGUCCUUUCAUAGCAGCUUCUUCGGAGACCAAAUGGGCUUCUCCGAGUCCAAGCCCUCCAGCCUGCACAGAACCUGGGACACGCCGAGUAACGGCGGCGUGGAUCCAAGUAUCACGGAACCAGGAACCAGCUUUGACCCGCUACUUGCGACCCUCGACUCCCUGUCCCUGGAGGGCCAAGGGGUUGUGGACGCAGAGGAUGGCGGCUGUUCAAACGGGGAGCUGUUUGGAGCUCUGGAGGGUCUGGGGUUGAGCGCUGAGGAUUUGGAGCUUCUCCUGUUGGACGAGCGGAUGAUCCGAGUCGAGAUGGACCCAGAACGUGUGCCCACCUUGGACGACCUGCUCACAAAUGACGAAAUUCUUUCAUACAUCUACGACUCCAUUGAAGGAAAGACUGAUCCUGCGGACCAGGGAGGUCAGGUGCCCCCCUGCAGUCCCUCGGCGAGAGCGACGACGGUGUCGGUACCGGAAAGCACGCUCGCCUCCGAAGCUAAUGUGAAAAUGCAGUUCCCUCACCACAAGCCUCCUCCGUUGGGGAAGGCUCCCAUAGUCCAGUUGUCCCAGCAGAUGCAGAAGCACCUCAGCAUGUGCCCGGCUAAGGCGGUCCACCACUGGGGCCAGCAGAGCGAGCAUUUAGCCAACACGGUAGUCAACGGAGACCUGCUGGGGCACCCUGAACCUGCCCCCAAUGGACAAUGGUCGGCCCAGGACAUUCUCUUGAAUGCGGGGAUCGAAAUGGAACAGACGGUUUUCAAUGGCAAGACCUCGGAGCUGGACGGGGAGCUUCAUCAGCAGCAUCCGAGCUACCUUCAGAACCAGCAGCAGAACCAGGUCUCGCAGCAGUGCCAUGCCAAACAGAAGGCAAGCAACCUCAACGGACUGUGCAGCAUUCCCGGCACGGAGCAGUCGGCUGUCAAAUCUCAAUGGCAGGACUUUGGCUUUGGCGAGGAUCUGGAUUCCUGCCUGGAGAACAGCCAAAAACCCCUUGCAGACACCUCCUUGGAUUCCUGCUUGGAUUACGCCAUGCCUGACCUUGACAAUUCGGAUUACCCUAUUAACGGUGGCGGUUUGUUCGGGAGCGGCUCGCUCCAGCACAGGGCGGAGUCGGUGGUUUCGUCUUUCCAGGGGAUUACCCACAAGCGGCAGCAGGAGCCCAUCUCCGUUCCUUUGGCUCAGGUCAUUUCCAGCCUGUCCCAGUGUCCGCCCCCCAACGCCUCGCUGGAGCAGAUCCUGGCGGUGGGAAAACCCUGUCGGCAGCUGGACCAUUACGGCAUCGUGACCUCAGACGUGCCUCAUGAUGCCAAGAUGGAGAACGGCUGCAUCCUGAGCACCGCUUACCCGCCCGGGUGCGCCGUGCCCAACGGGAACGGGGCGGCGCCCCCCGCCGUCCAGAUGCCGUGCCCCGACACGCUGUCUGGCCUCCCCGACCCGCCCGCCACCGGCUUCUACCUCUGAGCGGCUGGCCCGAGCACGAACGAACGGCCAGAGACACACGAUGAGCGGACCAGCCUUAUUACAUGCAGAUCGGACCACAAACACGGAAUAACACAUUUUUUUAUCUUUCUUUGGACAUUUUCCAUGUUUUCAGCGAGGAAGGUGGAACGUGGUUUUAUCAUAAGAGUCCUUUGUUUACUUGUAAUGCAGUCCAGAUGCUCACUAUGUCCUACAAAUAGAUCUUCAGCCAGGAAAUGAUGGUGACGACAAAUUCAGGGUUUUCUUCCACAUAGUGAAGGAGUGGCAGAUGAGCCAAUAAGGGGGAGGGGCUUCAACUAAGAGGGGCGGGGCUUUAUCUGCGCUUCAUGAAUGUACAGACACUCAAGCGGGGGAAAAAAGGAAAUUUAGCGCAAGGUACAACUUUUACUUUAUGUGUAACUCCUGUCAAAUAUUCCCACCGGCCACUUCAUUAGGUACACCUGCACAGGCCAACGAUUCCAUCCGCUACGAAAAAUGUGUCUUUAUAGAUAUAAUAAUGCUCACUUUUGAUGUUUGUGUUUGGGGUUUGCGGUGCAGCUUUGGCCCUCGGUCACGGUUAGCGUUGGGCGAAGGACCUUAAAAACGGUAUCGUUGCUAGCUACGUCAAUGACCUUCAAGUACGUACUCCAUCCUGAAAACCGCCCUUAAACGCAACACGCCGCUUGGGACCGUACCUGAAAGACGCAUCUCGUCAGAGCAUAAUGGCGCAACUGUCACGAUUGGGCUUCAGUUCUUAGUUUGCCCUUUUUCCUGAGUUCCUAGUUGCCCUUAUUUUGUAAUAACUUCCUGUGUUGCUCUGUUCCGUCUUCAGUUGCUUUCCAUUAUCUCUGCAUAGCAACGUUAAAUAUAUUUUGACCUGCAAUUGGGUCGUCAUCUCUGCAUCCUGGGGUCGAACCGUAAAGCUCUCAAGCCGGAAUGUGACAGAAUGACUCGACCCUCUCCAAGGUUCCACAAACCCCGGCUCCCGUGCCAAGCUGCGUGACGGCCCAGAUUCCACAUAAUGGAAAACAACUGAAGACAGAACACAGCAACACAGGAAGUUAAUACAAAAUAAGGGCAAAAAGGGUAAAACCCAAUCGUGACGGCAACCCCGGUAACGUUUGCAACAGUCGGUCAUCUGACAGUAGCGGAGGGGUUAGCAUUUUUGAACGACAAAGGUCAUGACUUGAUGAAAGGUCGUUCUCAAGGAGAAAGAUCCUCACUUUGUCGCAAGGACACAAGCGGGAUGCAGGAUUCAAACUGCGAAUCUUUGGGUUACUGAUUAGCUGCUGGUGCCUAAAACCCAAAGUCCUGGUGGCACACCGCCCUUAGCUUGACAUGCUAACUACGUAUUUGGAACUUUUGAAGUUACUUGACUGGAUCGUGUAUGCGGAUUUGCACCAGCGUGUCACGGUCCAAACGUCCCACCCAACAAACAAUCUUCUUAGCGGCGGUACCGUUGCGUCAAGUCGUCAAAAGUGAGCAUGGUUUUCGGUGAAGACGCACUUUUUGUCUUCUUUGCUCCGUCACGCAACAAGAAUGUAGCGCUUCACGCCGUUUCCUUGUUGAACGCUGGUCCACUACGGGAUCCUAGGAAAGAAAAACGAGGCUUUGGACAAAAUUCCUGCACUUUAUUCCGAGCAGCUCUGGAGUCACGGACGCGGAGGUGAAGUGGGGCGGGGGGCAAACCAACCCUGAUUGUUUCUUUUGUUUUGUGUUGAUUUCUGAAGCGAUCGAUCGAAGCGACGGUCCCCACGACGCACUUGGGUACAAUGGUCUUCAUCGUCCCCCCGUUGAAGUGUACCCCAUGACCACGUAGAGAUGUUUGUUUUUGACGAUGCGGAUCAGCGUUAACUGAUUUCGGGGCCCAUGUCGGAGGGCUGGGGAGCCAGCGUUUGAAAGCAUUUAAAGCGGCCGACUUGGAGGGGCGGGGGGAAUUCCUUUCGGGUAGAGGAGGGGGAGUGAAGAAUGAAGGGGGUCACCAUGCAUUUUCUUGAAAGACCACGACCAAGGUGGAACGCAAUGAGCUGAUUGUUCUGAUUUGGACACCAUUGGUCCCACAAGAACCGACUGAAGAAUCUGAUCUGGGGUCAGACUGCGGCCGUGGUGAAAGCUCGGUUGACGUUCUUUUAGUCCCUUUUAAAGAUAAACGAUACGGUCAAAGACUUCAUGUUGCCUUUUUAAAACAAAAACAACAAUAAAACACGCUACCGUUCAUGAUGAUAACUUCAUCAUUACAGAUUUUUAUAACACUUUUAGCAAGCAUUUUUACGCUCCCCGGGGGGACCGCCCCCUCCCGACGCAAUGGCUGCCCAGGGAUCGGAGUCGUUGCUGGUUGGGGGAUUAUUGUUAGGAAUAUUGUUACUGCUGAUUGGAGGUCGUAGAGGCAAAAGGGGGUGCAGUACUGGGGGCCACGCGGUCAGGACAGGGAAAGACCUGGGUUGGACUCUGGGUACUCCGGUUUCCUCCCCCAUUCCAAAAACAUGCUAGGUUAAUUCAUUCGUAAGGCGUAAGGCGGGGUACACCCUGGACUGGUGGCCAGCCAAUCCCAGGGCACAUAUAGACAAACAACCAUUCACACUCACAUUCAUACCUAUGGACAAUUUGGAGUCGCCAAUUAACCUAGCAUGUUUUUGGAAUGUGGGAGGAAACCGGAGUACCCGGAGAAAACCCACGCAUGCACGGGGAGAACAUGCAAACUCCACACAGAGAUGCCCGAGGGUGGGAUUGAACCCUGGUCUCCUAGCUGUGAGAUCUGCGCGCUAACCCCUAGACCACCGUGCCGCCCGCUAGGUUAAUUGGCCACUCCAAAUUGUCCAUAGGUAUGAAUGGUUGUUUGUCUAUAUGUGCCCUGUGAUUGGCCGCCCACCGGUCCAGGGUGGACCCCGCCUCUCACGCUAAGACAGCUGGUGUAGGCUCCAGCAUACCCCAACCCCAGUGAGGAUAAGCGGCAUAGAAAAUGAAUGGCUGGAUGGAAAAUGGGGUGCAGUACUUGGAUGCAAUCAGCAGGGGUCUCAGCUACUUUCCCGUCUGGAGAAGGACAGCAUGCCCCCCCCCCCCCCCCCCACAACCCCCAAUCCAGCUAUGCUAUAAAACAAUACCUGUGCGGGAAAAAGGCCACUGUUGCAAUAUUUGCCAUGAAAAAUGAAUAUGAUAAUAAUACUCCACAAUCAUUGGCCCAUACUACAGUAAUCCCUCGCCGGCUUCAAAACAAAACAUCGGACAAAUCCUGAGGCUGUCACCUCUGUUAUAAACGUCAACAAAGUACCCAUUUGCUGUUUUUGAUCAUCAAAAAGUCCGGGGAUAUCAUCGGAAAUCUCGAGUCACUUAGAAAGUAUUCCUGUUUCUAAAUAAGGAAUCCUAACAUGCGGACAUUCCCUCAUCCCAGUCAGGUCAGGAACCAAUUAACGGCCAUGAACGAGGGAUUACUGUAGCUGAUGGUGAAAGGGGAAGGGGGGGGGGUAGUAUAAACCAGGCAUCUACUACAAAGAUUGUAUCAAUCUUGGCGUUUUCGCACUCGUCUCCUAGUUUCACCAAGCAAGCGACUUGUGGGCGGGGCUUAAGAGGAAGAGAAAAACCAAAUGUGAGGAUUCCGUGGAGAUCCCUGCAGGACGGACACAGUUGUGAAUGUUUCUUAUUCCUACUUUUAAAAUCUUUUAUUUGUGGUUGUUUUGAAAGAAAACGGCCGUGACGAUGCGAGGCGACGAGAGGAGGAGCAGGAGGAGUAGGAGGAGACGCUGAAAAGAGAUUUUUCCAUUUGUCAUGUCAGUACUCGUGCUAUGAAUACCGUUCUUGUUGUCUGUUUUAUGUGAAACACGCGUGUCGUUCAGAUGGACGUCCUUCUCUCUCGUUUUUUUUUUUUUUU